UUUCUUUAAGUCCAGAAUGUCAGCUAAUCAAAUGAUAGCCUUUGAGCCUUUGGCAACGGCGACAGGGUCCUCACCUCUAGUCUUACUAUUUCCACUAGGCGUCGCUACAAUCUGCGGCUCCAUGUUUUUGUCGAGUAUCAGUAUACAGGCUACCAACUCUGCUAAAUUGCUAGAAAUUGAACAAAACUUUUCGGAACUUGAAAGCGAGAGAAGAAAUUGUAAAAGGGAGUUGGAAGACUGCAAGAAAGAGAGAGACAGUCUAAAACAGGAACAAAAUAACAAUUUAAAGCAGUGUCUUGCGGAUCUUGAGGAGGCAAGAAUGCCGGAACAAAGGACUGUUAUAGUGUGUGGGGCCGACGAUGGAGAAAUCCGAUGUGAAAACUCCAAAACUCUAACUAUUGUGUCUGCCAACUAUGGACGAACCGAACCUACAGCUCAAGUCUGUUCGUCCAAUUCGGCUACAAUGGAUGAUACCAACUGCAGAUUAGAUGUUCUCAACAAGCUAUCUCAAGAAUGCGACGGCAAAACACGCUGUGCUGUUCCUACCAGAUUGAAUGACUUUGGAGGUUCCAGCGUUAAUCCUUGUCCUAACACCUAUAAAUAUGUAGAAGUCCAAUACACUUGCUCAUAAUUUAUACAAUGCCCUGAAUAAGUGAAUAGGUAUGACCUUAUCAGCAAGUCCAAUAAAAUGAAGCAUAAUC